CUCUUUCCUCGGGAGGAGCAACGACGUCUUUGUAGAUCCGAACGCUCAGCAGCUUUCAAGCUGCGUGGAUGAUGAUGGCGGUUUUCCUCAUGCCACUGGUGCUGAUGCUGAUGCUCACCCUGCUGUCCGCCAAUGGAGCCCAUCUGUCAACCUCGUCUGACCCCGCGUUCAUCGCCCACUCAUUACCUGCAAGCAGCAGCACCCAGCGGCGAGUCAUGGCACACCACAGGCGGCGACCAUCCCUUCUACGCAUGCAGGAGGUCAAAGAGCGGGCGCCGUCGUCCAAAGAGUCCGACAAAGGGAAGCAACAGCAACAGCAGCAGCAGCUGGCAGACGCCCUCCCAUCUCAGCUCACAUUCGCCACGGAGCAGCAGCAGGUUGAGAGGCAGCUCCCUCGGCUGCCGCCUUACUGGGACAUGGUGCGCGUCGGUCUGGCCACGCCAGAGAAUGACAAGCGCACGCGGAUCGAGGAGAAGUACCGCAUCGAGUCAGGGGAGGAGGGGGUGCGCCGACAGUGGCAGAGGAAGAGGCAGAGCAUUAUGGAGCUGGUGGGCGAGACGGGCUCUGGCGUGCUCGACACUGUCGAGGACGUCUCGCUGCAUUGGAGGAGACAGUUCAUGAAGCUCAAGUGAGCCAGUCACUUGAUGAUGCAGACACACGCACACAGAGGGAUGCGGAUGGUGCAUCCGUCGUGCUGUGGUGUCGUGUGUGUGUGUGUGUGUGUGUGUGUGCUGGUUCCAUGCUGCAGCAAGGUGAAUCUGAUGCAGAAGCGGCUCGACACUGACAAGCCUCGGCUGGUCAUCCUGGGCUCCGGAUGGGCCGCACAUGCCAUGAUCAAAAUCAUCGACACGGACAAGUGAGCACCUGCAUCACCUCCAGCACACACAUCUGUCCAUCCUGAUCUACCUCUGUCUGGGCAGAUUUGACGUGGUGAUUGUGUCCCCGCGCAACUACUUCCUCUUCACGCCCAUGCUGGCUGCGAGUGCCGUCGGCACUGUCGAGUACAGAUCGAUCACCGAACCGAUGAGGAAGGCGAAUCCGCUGACGAGCUACUAUGAGGGUGCGUCAGUAAGCGGGAGGGCAACACACGGACACACGAACAGCAUGCACUCACUAUGUCUGUAUGCCCCGCGAUGGGUGUGGUGUUCAGGUGAGGCGAUUGACAUCGAUCCCGAGAAGAAGGAGAUCCGGGUGCGCUCCAAGAUCCAAACCACUGAAGGUGCUCUACACUCCAAUGCCAAUCCAUCCCCCUUGACUGCACUGUGGAUUGCUGGUGGUGGUGGUGAACUUGUCAGGCGAGACUGUCGAGUUCGCCGUCCCGUACGACACGCUGAUCUUCUCGCCUGGCGUCAAAUCCUCCUCGUUCGGCAUCAAGGGAGUGUACGAGCACUGCUACUUCCUCAAGGAGAUAGAGGACGCGCGCAAGCUGCGGACCGCCGUGCAGGACCGCUUUGAGCGGUAGGCAUAUGAGUCACGCGUGGCAGAGGGGAGGAGAGCGAGGGCGUGUGCCGAUGGUGCCGGUGGUGGUGUUUGUUGUCUGCAGGGCGAACAUUCCUGACACUUCUGAUGAGGAGAAGCAGCGCCUGCUCACAUUCGCCGUGUGCGGGGGCGGGGUCAGCGCAACCCACCGCACCCACCGUGAGAGGAGACACCACAGAGAUCGUCGCUCUUGGCUGUGUGUGCAGCCGACUGGGGUGGAGUUCUGCGGCGAGCUCUUCGACCUCCUCCGAUCGGAAUUCCGGAAGUUCUACCCCAAGUGAGUUGAGUCGCCAAGCCAGCCACGCUGACGACACGCAAUCCGAUGCACCUGUUGUCUGUGUGUAGGUUGACGCCAAUGGCCAAGGUGGUGUUGGUGCAAUCCGGCCCCAACAUCCUGCCCAUCUUCGACGAAUCGCUGCGCAGCGUCGGGCUGCAGAAACUCAGGGUACGUCACAGCCACACAUGUGCACCACCUACGCCCACGCUCAUGCGUCCUGUUUUGUGCGUGUGGGGUGGGUGAGUAGGAUCAAGGCGUGCAGGUGGCGCUGGAGACGAGAGUGCAGGAAGUUGGACCCAAAUCCAUCUUGCUCAGCGUCCGCAGACAGACAGACAGACAGACAGACAGAGGCUGUUCAGUGUAGUGAAUGCAGCACCCGUGUUUCUCUGCCUGUCUGUCUCUUUGCGUCUUCAGAACGGCACCGAGCUGCCUUAUGGCCUGGCGGUGUGGGCUGCCGGCACUGGGCCGAGGGAAAUCACCAAGUAUGACCAUACACACGACAAUGUCCAUGCAGCUAACGCGCAAAUGCAUCGUCUUGUCGCCACGGCAGGCGGCUGAUCGAGAAGGUGCCCACCCAGCAAGAGAUGUAAGGAGGCCAUGCCCGCACACGACAGACAGACCACACGCACUCUCACCUCUCUCUCUCUCUCUCUCUCUCUCUGGCUGAUCGGUUCGUUCUGCAGGGCGUCCCAGUCCAAGAAGCUGGCUGUCGAUCCCUGGCUGCGCGUUUACGACACCAACGGCACCAUCCUUGCCAUGGGCGACUGCACCAAGAUGGACCCGCCGCUCCCGCAAACCGCUCAAGUACGCUCGCUGCACACACACAUACGCCCAAUUCAGCACCAGCAGCGGUCACUGCGCUCCUCUCAUUGCCUCUCUCUCCCUGUGUGUGUGUGUGUGUGUAUCUGCAGGUCGCUGCGCAGCAGGGCGCCUUUCUCGCUCGUCUGUUGAACCGUGGCUACAACAUGAGCAAGGCUGACGGGCGGCCGCCGACGUACUCUUACAAGGAGAGCGAGAAGAAAGGCUUCGGCGAGCGGCUGUUCAGCAUCCUCCGCAUCCGUGGCAAGAAGAAGGCUGAUCCCUUCAAUUUCUUCAACUACGGCAUGCUCGCCUACCUCGGCGACCAAAAGGCGCUGGCCCAGAUACAGGUGUGUGUGUGUGUGUGUGUGAAGUGUGGUGUGUUUGUGUGGGUGAGUGAUGUCUAUCUCUGUGUGUGUGCGCGUGUGUGUGUCAGGCUAACGACUUGGACUUUAUCAAGGCGAGUGGGCAAGCUGGUUUCUACCUGUGGCGGUCCGUGUAUGUGGUCAAGCAAGUCUCGUUCAGGAACCGUGUGUUGGGUACGCUGCGUGUGCACCCACACGUCUCAAACCAUCCCCCUCUCGCCCUUUGUUUGCUCUCUCAGUGCUAUUUGACUGGUUCAAGAGUCGGAUAUUCGGCAGAGACCUCACACGGCUCUAGGCCUGAGCUGGAGGGCGGGCAGGGGGGGAGGGGGAUUGUGGCCGGUGGGGAGAGAUCGCUACUGCGAAACGAAGCGAGUGAGAUCUGAUGGAUGGAUGGAUAACAGAGGGGAGCCUCAGGGUGUGGUGAGAGAGGGUUUGCCUCCAUCUUGCCGGCCGGCCAUUCCAUGACACGUAUUUAUUAUUGCCAUUGCCAUUGCCAUUGCCAUUGCCAUUGUACGUGUGUGUGUACAUAAAGAGACAGACAGAGCAGCGGAUCAACGAACCGACCGACCGACCGACGUCUAAUGCUACGUGUGUGGUGGGCUGGGGCUGGCAUCUUUUUCGGUUUCACUUCUCUUUAUCUACGGAGCGGACUGGCAGGGAGGGGAGGCCACUGACUGUGCGGGCGGUGCGUCUUUGUCUUUUUCCCUUCGUGGGUGUACAAUGAAAUGAAUGCCCUGAGGGUGUGGUGUGUGCAGAGAGGAGGGGGGGCCGGGGGGGUGAGAGCGAUUUGCCGUAUGUCCGUGUGGGCGGCAUGGGACGGCAUGCGUGUCGAGUUUUUGCCUGCAGGUGCAUGGCAUGGGAUGCACUGCACUGCAGCCAUCAACGAACGAAGGGACUGAAAUGGAACGAACGGACUCAUCGGCCAAUUGAGUGAAAGGCACACAAAGAGAG